UUGAAACUGCACUUUCCUACAUUGGUUGCUCGGGAAGGCGGCAGAACUUCAAACGGUCGCUUUUUCGGAUUUGGAAUUUAAAUAUUUUGCCCGCGGGAAAAGUUACCAGUGACUGUGGCAUUCUUGGCUUCUACAGCCGUUGGUCGGUUGCGUUGAGGCAUCUGAAAGAUGGUGGACCGCUUGGCGAACAGCGAGGCCAACUCCAAACGUAUUACAGUCGUUGAAGCCUGCUUCGGUACGGCAGGCCAACCGCUGGCUAUUCCAGGUCGUGUGCUCAUCGGAGAGGGCAUACUCACAAAGUUGUGCCGCAAAAAGCCUAAAGCUCGGCAGUUCUUCCUCUUCAAUGACAUCCUGGUGUACGGCAACAUCGUUAUCCAGAAGAAAAAGUACAAUAAGCAACACAUCAUCCCUUUAGAGAGCGUCACCAUAGACACCGUAGAGGAUGAAGGCGAACUGCGCAAUGGCUGGCUCAUUAAAACACCCACCAAAUCAUUUGCCGUCUACGCCGCCACGGCAACAGAGAAAUCCGAGUGGAUGAGCCACAUUAGGAAGUGCGUCUCGGACCUGCUAGAAAAAAGCGGGAAAUCUCCCACCGGGGAGCACGCGGCAGUGUGGGUCCCUGACUCGGAGGCGUCCAUAUGCAUGCGAUGUCAAAAGGUGAAAUUCACGCCGGUCAGCAGACGCCACCACUGCAGGAAGUGCGGAUUUGUUGUGUGUGGCCCCUGUUCGGAAAAGAAGUUCCUGCUUCCCAGUCAGUCAUCCAAACCAGUGCGCGUGUGUGAGUUCUGUUACAAACAACUCUCAACGGGUGCCACCCUGCCCCCACGCUCAGACUCCUACAGUCAACAUGGCCCUGAUUUCUCCACCAACAUCUCUGAUGACGAAGAUGAGGAUGACAGCAGUGACUGAGUGUGCUAGUUUGCCUGCUCACUUUUAGGACUAAUGACAAUCCACAGAUCCCAAUAUUUUAGUUUCUCUAAUUUUCCUUCAGGGUUUGCAAAGGUUUUUCCAACAAUUUUAUUCCUGUGGUAAUAAUACUCUUGAAGAAAACCAGUAAACCUACCCUAAACCAUUAAAAGCCCUGUGCAUAUGAACAAAAGGUUUGAUUGGAAUUGUUGUAGUUCCUCUGUAUUUCUGAACACUACUUGCUGGCUUGCUCUACUUUCUGAUUCAAGGCACCUCUCACUCUAAUAGUUUUAACCUCUUGUAUGUAGAUUUAUUUUGGUAACACUUUACAAUAAAGUUUUAUUCAUUUACAUCAGUUCAUUUAUUAGGGAUCAUGAACCAACAAUGAAUAAUAUUUGUAUUAGCACAUUAGACUUUGUUAAUAUUAUUUAUUGUUAGUUCAUGUUCAUAAUGCAUUAACUAAUGUUAAUGUAUACAAUUUUAAUACUGUAUUACUAUAUGUUGAAAUUAACUUUAACCAAGAUUUAGAAGUGCUGUAAAAGUAUUGUUCAUUCUUAGUAAUGUUAACUAAUGUUAACAAAUAAAGUUUAUUGUAAAGUGAUACCUUUAUCUCUUUAGAUUGUAUCUGUUGAUUAUUCUAGUCCUCUGGACUUAUUUCAAAUAGAUAUAUUAUCUAGAAUAAGAUAGCUAUUUGAACUAAAGAGAAAUGCGUUCAGAUGAUCAGAAUAGUUUAUAAGAACAUUGUAUGCCCUUAAUUCUAAUAUGUCCUGAAGUUCUGAGAAUCUUCACUAACUUUUCUUUAAAUAGCUCUUCUCUCACCCCCUUUUCCUUGUUGUCCUCCGUUUUCAUUCUUAUUUGCUACCCUUCUAUCCUAAACUACCCUUUAGUUUUGUUUUCUACUAUGCUGCUAUCUGCUAGAGUAGAGAACAUUAGGUGAUAUGAUUGCAGAAUGUUCAAAGGGGUCCGUUCACUGCACAAACACUCAGGUGAAGCCACGUAGUGCAUUAUAACUAGUUUUGCAACAGGUUCAAUUGUUUUAUACAAGGAGCUGCAUUUAUUACAACAUGCCACUAACAAACCAUGAAAGUGUGAGUUCUGGAGAAGGUCUCCAGAUUAAAUUCCUGUCCGUUACUCACUUUGGUCGGUAGACUGUUUCCAGUAAUGGCAAAUGAGAAUUCAGAUAGAACAUCUCGUAAGCUUGUAAAUGUGUAUAUAAUGCCGCAAGGAGUAGUCUAUUGCAAAAUUCAUCUGACAUGGCCGCUGCUGCCUCAGUGCCUUCUUAAUUAUUUAUCCUCAGGAAGUAGAUCCAGGUGAAGCAUCUAUUAAGGCUACAGUUUAUUGACUGACAUCUUGUCUCUUCUGUAUUGAUACCUGUGUUUAGGACCUGGCUUCAGUUGAUCGCACAUCAUAAGUAUGAAUUUAUUGACAUACCCUGUCUAAAGGCACAUGGGUCGAAUUUAAUGUUUUUUUUAUUUUUAUGAUAUACCACAUUUUUCUGUGUUGUGACUUCAGUUGUGAUCAAAACUAGACAAGAUGUACAGAUGUAUUUCUAGUGAAUAUAGUCCAAAUGAUUACAUUGGCUCAGUCCAAAUGUCUUUUGGACAGUCUGAUGAUACCAGUUGUCGAUUGUGUCCUGAGAUUGUUUCCGGGUCAUCAUGCAAGAGUAUGUGACAGCAGUGUCUUGCUUACUCAUGAUGUUGCAUCAGUACUACUCAAGUUCUGAACUACACUGGUAACUCACUCCAGCCCUGACUUAAACUCUACGGAAAGCUAGCAUGCACCCCACAGGAACUGUGAAGUGCACGUUACUAAGGUGAAGGAUGCGCUAUCCGUUCUCCAUGCUCUCUCAGUCUUUGUGUUGGCAAUGUCACAUGCUUGACGGUCAAUUCUACACUUUUUGAACAGGAAUUGAAAGCAUUAUGAGGAAGUGACUGCCACACAGCCUGCUUUUGUUUCAAGGCUGUAUUCAUACAAGCAAACCUGCACUAACAGCUUUCCAAGUGGUGGUUUUAUUAAUGACUGUGUCAGAAGACUGUUUAAGAGACAUGACUGUGAAAACGUUUCCUCCUUCCUGCCUGAUUUACAGUUGAUUUUGGUCAAGUCAAGCUGGUGAGAGAAUCUUCUAUACUGCUAGAGAACCUUGUGUCUCAGAAAAUGAAUACUUGAUCACCUGUGAAGAUGGCAUAUGUUGUUUGUUAGAUUAACAAAGCUGACACUUAAAAGGGAUACUUAACUUUACUUUGGCUAAAGGCCAAAGUAUACUUCGAUUUUCCACGUGCCAGUACGUCUCGUGCACUGACACAAAUUUAUCAUCAGCACAGUACUACACACUCCAGGUGCUUGACCGAGCAUGAGACAGAACGGCACAUGGAAAAGCAAAGUAUAUCCCUAGUCCUGAUUCUUCAUAAACAGUCGCAAUAACAUAGACAUAUGCAAUGACAGAUAAAUGAAAAAUAUUUUUUGCUUUUGCAAAUAGAAAGAUUUAUUUGGGAUUUAGAAGUAGGUUUACAGUGAUUUAUCUCAAGGUAAUAAUCUAAUCUUGCUUUUGGAAUACAACCAAAUCUUCCAGAACAAUGUUUGAUUUAAUAAAUGGUUUUAAUAGUUUCCAAAUUAACCUGAUGAUAUUCUGAGAUAUUUUUGUUUGUUUUAAUUAUGCUUAUGUUGUUAUCUGAAAUGAUUGCUUUGUUUUAAUUUUGCGUAUGUUAUACAAUUUGUACAGUUUAUAGAUAUAUAGACACACACACACUUAGUUGGGCUUGCAGCUGUUUUUAUUUUUUCAUAGUGUUCAUGUGUGUGUUUCCUGAACACCUCUGGAUCAGAUACCAGCACUUUAUUCUCUCUGCAACCACAAGAUAGGGGUGGGCAUGGGGGGAGGGGCUUGUAUAGGAUGUGGGCGGGGAAUACUGCAUCUUCACAUGCAGGAGGAACCUCUGUGUGGGCUGUCUGACUGCAAAUGCUAGAGAAUUUGUGGUUCUUUUUCAAAGGUUAAGCAAAACUUAAAGAGAUCCUCAGUUUACACUUGCUUGGCACAAGUGACAACAGAUAAAGUAGAGAGUGGAGGGUCAACAGGAUUUGCAAUUACUUUCCAUGUUACUUUAUCUGGUUUGAUUUCUUAAAGAUUUGUGUAAUUUAUGGUUUUCUCUCUGGAUGGAUUUUAGGGAUUUUUUUCUGUUCUUGUCAAGUUUCAUAUUUUAGUUCUCAUUUUACAUUUUGAAAUUGCUGAAAACUGUAAUCUAUCAUUAUAAUUAUUGAGAUAUUAAUUUUUAGGGAAAUAUAUUCAUUGCUUAAAUGCUUGCGUCUUGUCAUUUACCAAAUAUUACACAGCAAAGGAUCAAUGGCUCAGCCUCAGCAGUAUUAAUGGCACUAACAGUAGGACUUCCUGAACACCUGCCUGGGUAAUGGUUUAGAUUUUUAGUGUGGUGGCUAACCUGUCUCUACAGCUCAGUCUAUUUAUGCUAACCGUCUUAGGUUAGUAAUCCCUACCAUGUGAUGUCAUGUGGUAGUAUAGUGGAUUACUGGUGUUGACUUCUGCUGUUUUCCUAGAGUCAAUGGGGUUAAUGUGCCAUUUUUAUAUUGGAUAGUUACAGCUCUAAAUUCUGAUUGAAAAAGCUGUAUUCAAACUUGUAAAACACAUUCACACCUAAGGGCCCACAUCGUUUGAAUGCAAUAUAAUUGUGUCAACUCAACCCUACUGAAAAAAAGCUAAACCCAGGCUAAGCUGAUUGGCUGGUUUUAGCAGACUUGUUUCAGAGGGUUUUUUGGCACUUUUUAGCUGGGAAGUAUUUGGGAACAGGAAGUAAUCCGGAUCACAUCAAAGAUGAGUGCGGUAGCAUAGAGGGGUGUCGUCAGGUAGGCACGACAGGUGUAGGCAUAAUCGCCUACCAGGUGAUCCUGGAAUGCAUGUCUUUCAAGCAAAGAACACAGGUGGCUAUUGUCAAAGAUCCUGUUGUCAAGUGUUGA